UGCCUCGUCAUCGUCAAGAACGGGAAAAAAGAGAGAGACAAAAACAGAGAAGGAAAAAAUAAGAAGAGAAAAAAAAAAUCAUUUGAAUUGUUUUUUCCUGUCAUCGCUCCUUGUCCGCGUUUCUUCUGGGAAGGAUCCGUUUCGGCUCUGACGAGUGCGAGGUCCUUGCAUUUCGAUUGGCGUCGACUGGAGAUCGAUACGUCUGCUGUGUAAUAUAUAAAUGGAGAAUUAUGGCUCAUCCUCUCCAUAUCCUCAUAACAACAACAACAGCAACAACAACCAGUAUCCGUACCCUUAUCACCCAAAUCCUUAUAGGCCUCCAAAUUCAGAUCCUUAUCCACCACCACCACCAUCCCAUCAAUACAACGCUCCCUACUACCCUUACCAGCCGCCCUUGCAGCCGUAUGCACCCCCACCACCUCCUCAUCACCAUUCGGGUCCAUUAGACUAUAGCCACCAUCCACAGCCAUCUCCUUCGCCUCAUUCAGCUCCUUUAGAUUACCACAGGCACUCCCUUAGUUAUUCUAGUUCUUUUAACUACCAACCCCAACCUCCUUACCCUUAUCCUGCCCAUCAGCCAACGCUUCAUUCUCACGGUAGUUUUGGCACUUACGGCUCAUCUCACUAUUCGUAUCAAGAACCAGGCCAAUACCCGCCACCGCCUGAAACUAAACCCCAAGAGCCUCCGCGAACCCAGGGCAUCUUCGAUUAUCACAGGGAAGACAAUGUGAGUUCUAUGGGAUUGAGCCAUGAGAAUGUCAGUGGUGGUGGUGGAGGAGGAGGAUCUUCCUACCCGCCUGUUUACCCUCCCGUGGAUGAACUUUUGGGCAGUAUGCACAUUUCUGAUAAUCGCCCGAGUGCGCCCGCAUCACUGCCAGCCCCCUCAGUCCCCCCUGUAUCUGCUCCCCCUUCGAGCUCCUGUUUUGGGCAGGGUCGGCCAGGUGAAUUCUAUAGAUACCCGAACAAUUCAUUCCCAAGUAAUUCAGGUCUGCCAUACUUGGGACGAGUAGAUUCAUCAAAUGUCUCUAUGCAUGGCUAUUCCUCUACGGAAUCACCACAUGGUCCGGGUAUGCAGAUUGUGCCCUUUGGCAAGGGGUCCUUGAAGGUCCUGUUGUUGCAUGGGAAUCUGGACAUUUGGAUUUAUGAUGCAAAGAAUCUCCCAAACAUGGACAUGUUCCAUAAGACGUUGGGCGAUAUGUUUGGAAGAUUGCCAGGAAACAUGAGCAACAAGAUUGAAGGACAGUUGAGCAGGAAGAUCACAAGUGACCCUUAUGUGUCCAUAUCAGUGGCAGGUGCUGUGAUUGGAAGAACUUAUGUCCUGAGCAACAGCGAAAAUCCUGUCUGGAUGCAGCAUUUUUAUGUUCCUGUUGCUCAUCACGCUCCUGAAGUUCACUUUGUUGUCAAAGACAGUGAUGUUGUGGGUUCACAGCUUAUAGGAAUAGUUGCAAUUCCGGUUGAACAGAUAUUCUCAGGAGCCAGAAUUGAAGGAACUUUCCCCAUCCUGACCAGUAAUGGAAAACCUUGUAAACCAGGGGCUGUUCUAUCGUUAUCAAUUCAAUAUACACCAAUGGAAAAACUCAGUGUUUACCACCAUGGAGUCGGGGCUGGUCCCGAUUACUAUGGAGUACCGGGUACAUAUUUUCCUCUCAGGAAAGGCGGGACUAUGACACUGUACCAAGACGCUCAUGUCCCCGAAAGGAUGCUCCCAGGGAUAAGACUUGACAAUGGAAUGUCUUAUGAACAUGGGAAGUGUUGGCAUGAUAUGUUUGAUGCCAUACGUCAGGCGAGGCGUUUGAUUUAUAUAACGGGUUGGUCAGUGUGGCACAAAGUUAGUCUAGUUCGGGAUAGUGAAAGACCUGCAUCAGAGUGUACGCUUGGUGAGCUCCUAAGGUCAAAGUCCCAAGAAGGUGUGAGAGUCCUGCUUUUGGUUUGGGAUGACCCUACGUCACGGAGCAUUUUGGGAUAUAAAACUGAUGGGGUUAUGGCAACCCACGAUGAGGAGACACGCCGAUUUUUCAAGCACUCCUCAGUUCAAGUAUUGCUGUGCCCUCGAAUUGCUGGGAAACGUCAUAGUUGGGUCAAGCAGAGGGAAGUUGGAACCAUCUAUACACACCACCAAAAGACCGUGAUAGUUGAUGCUGAUGCUGGGGGUAACAGAAGAAAAAUAAUAGCUUUUGUGGGCGGACUUGAUCUAUGUGAUGGUCGAUAUGAUACUCCUCAACAUUCACUGUUUAGAACACUUCAAACAGUUCAUAAAGAUGACUAUCAUAACCCCACUUUUACGGGUAAUGUUUCGGGGUGUCCAAGAGAGCCAUGGCAUGACUUGCACAGCAAGAUUGAUGGUCCAGCUGCUUACGAUGUGCUGACUAACUUUGAGGAGAGAUGGAUGAAAGCUGCAAAGCCUCGUGGGAUCAAGAAACUCAAGAUGUCAUAUGACGAUGCAUUGCUUAGGAUUGAAAGGAUUCCUGAUAUAUUAGGGGUUUCUGAUGUUCCUACUGUCAGCGAGAACGAUCCUGAAGCUUGGCAUGUUCAGAUUUUCCGCUCAAUCGAUUCCAACUCUGUUAAAGGUUUCCCGAAGGACCCAAAAGAUGCUACAAGCAAGAACCUGGUGUGUGGUAAGAACAUGCUCAUUGACAUGAGCAUUCAUACGGCAUAUGUGAAAGCUAUCCGUGCAGCCCAACACUUCAUUUACAUCGAGAAUCAGUAUUUCAUCGGAUCCUCGUACAACUGGAAUGCACACAAGGACAUAGGUGCAAAUAAUUUAAUUCCUAUGGAAAUUGCACUGAAGAUCGCGGAAAAGAUAAAGGCAAAUGAACGGUUUGCUGCAUAUAUUGUCAUUCCGAUGUGGCCAGAAGGUGUUCCAACCGGAGCUGCUACGCAAAGGAUCCUAUAUUGGCAGCACAAGACAAUGCAGAUGAUGUACGAGACUAUCUACAAGGCGUUGGUGGAGAUGGGGCUUGAAGGAGCAUUUACACCACAAGACUAUCUGAAUUUCUUCUGUCUAGGCAACCGAGAGACAGUGGAUGGAAUUGAUCACUCGGGCACUGGAAGUCCAAGCAGCGCAAACACUCCACAGGUACUGAGUAAGAAAAGUAGAAGAUUUAUGAUCUAUGUUCACUCCAAAGGGAUGGUUGUUGAUGACGAGUAUGUGGUCAUUGGAUCCGCAAACAUCAACCAACGAUCAAUGGAAGGCACAAGAGAUACAGAGAUUGCAAUGGGUGCUUACCAGCCUCAACAUACAUGGGCGAGAAAACAAUCUGGUCCUCGUGGUCAGAUAUAUGGUUACAGAAUGUCGCUGUGGGCGGAACACAUGGGGACCCUGGAAGAGUGCUUCACGCAGCCAGACAGUCUGGAAUGCGUUAGGAAGGUGAGAGCGAUGGGGGAGAGGAACUGGAAACAGUUUUCUGCCGAUGAAAUUACAGACAUGAGGGGACACCUUUUGAAGUAUCCUGUCCAAGUUGAUCUCAAAGGUAAAGUUAGACCUCUUCCCGGCUGCGAGUCUUUCCCUGACGUUGGAGGCAACAUUGUCGGAUCUUUCAUCGCCAUUCAGGAGAAUCUCACCAUCUAA